AUGUUCAAUGUUCUAACCAAUUAUGUGUACUACUCUACCCUCGAAGAUUAAUGAACAUCCUCUUUUCUCUCACUUACAACUAUAAAGUUAGGUUUCUAUGCAACCAAUAUCUUUGUAAUGCCAUACUUUUUUCUCUAUCUAUCUCUACUUUACUUUAUACCGGGCAUGCGAUUGUAUUUUCCAUUGGCAUCGUUUGAAAUGGGAAGAGCACCUUGUUGCGAAAAGGUUGGGCUCAAGAGGGGGAGAUGGACGGCCGAAGAAGAUGACACCUUAAUUAAAUACAUUAAAGCUAAUGGAGAAGGUAAUUGGAAAUCUUUACCAAAAAAUGCAGGGUUGUUGAGGUGCGGAAAAAGUUGUAGGCUGAGAUGGAUAAAUUACUUGAGAGGAGACUUGAAAAGAGGUAAUAUGACUCUCGAAGAGGAUGAACUGAUUGUCAAGUUACAUAAAUCUUUUGGGAACAGGUGGUCUAUGAUAGCUAGUCAUUUACCAGGGCGAACAGAUAACGAGAUCAAGAACUAUUGGAAUUCUCGUCUAAGUCGUCAAAUCUACCGCUUCUUCACUGGGAAAACCGGUGAGACACAAUCAUCAACCGAUGUAGCCAUAUUAGUCAAUCAAAAGACACAAAGAGUUGGUCGUGUAAGCCGUAAUGUCGCUAAAAAGUAUAACAAUGAUAAGGGUUUCAAAAAUUAUAAGUCAUCCGCUCUUCCUGCAACCAAAUUAUCAUCCCCACCAAUAGCAGUGAAUAAUCAAGUCGAUCCAAACAUAGGGGAUUGUUCAUCUUUUGUCCCGAAAAAUGUAGAAGAAAGUCAAGUUUAUGACAUUAAUAUUGGUGUUAGCGAUGAGUUUGGAUUUAGCGGGUUAAGGUCACUAGAUGACGAGUCUAUUGACAUCGGAUAUUUUUUAGAAAGUGAGGCUAUGGAUUCAAGUGGGGUUUUGAGCAUCCGUGAUGAGGAUCAGAUAGAACAAAUGUUGGCAGAAACUUAUGCUGGAAACUUCACGUACAGUGAAAGGAACGUUGAUGAGAGAGAAUAUGACUUGUCGUUCAGUUCUUCGAAAACAAUAAGUUCUGGUUUUAAUGAUAUUGAGUGGGAUAUGGAGUUCGGUUUUACUGGGUUUGAUCCUUGUGACGAAGGAGAUGACGUGUUGGUUUGGCUAUGGGAAGAUGGCAAUCCUUAAACACAACAAAAGCUUUCUCUGUAGCAAUUUUAAAAGGAAUGGAAGAAUGAACAUCUUGAUCAAGAUCGAUAAGUGGUUGACGAAGAACUACACCGUUGAUGUAGCCAAACAAAGGGAUCUAUCUUUUAAUACUUUUAAUAUUUCAUGAUGUUUACACUACUACUACUACUACUAUUAUUAUUAUUAUUAUUAUUAUUAUUAUUAUCUGCA